UACGUGGAAUCAGAUUUAGCAGACGUGAAAACCACCGAUAUAACUUUUCUGUUUCUUUUUAUCACCUGAACGUCAUUGCCUGCCUUCGUGAACAGUAAGUGCUCAAAGACGUUUCCUCCAGUUUUUUGUUUUUUUGAGUGCCGUGGAGGGGCACACCGUAACAGGCAGAGUUACCCAUCGGUCGAUGCCAGCACAUCGCCUGCCCACACACUCACAGCGGCGGCGACGUGCGGUGGACGUAGUGGUGCACAGCCGCAGCAGCAGCCCUCAUCGUCUGCUGGAGUUGACGAUGGAGCUGCAAGUUCAGGCAGAGCAACAAGUAGAUCUAGACCUAGAAAUCUCAUCCAAAGAUCUGAUACCAGUCUGCACUUCAACAGAAGAGCCAUCUAUACGCGGGAUGAAUGAUUGGCGUCCAUUUGUCUAUGGAGGACUUGCAUCUAUCACAGCUGAAUGCGGUACCUUCCCCAUAGACACAACCAAAACCCGUCUCCAAAUCCAAGGGCAAAAGAUAGAUGCCCGAUAUACAGAACUUAAGUAUCGGGGCAUGUCACAUGCCUUCUUUCGCAUUUUACGUGAAGAGGGAGCACUUGCACUGUACUCAGGGAUUGCACCUGCACUUCUACGUCAGGCUACAUAUGGCACAAUCAAGAUUGGAGUUUAUCAUACAUUGAAGCGGGCUUUCAUUUCCAAUCCAAGAGAUGAAUCUCUGGCAAUCAAUGUCUUGUGUGGAGUCACAGCUGGUGUUGUGUCCAGUACCAUCGCUAACCCAACUGAUGUCUUAAAAGUGAGAAUGCAGGCGACUGGGACCCAGUCUGCUUAUGACAACAUGCUUAGUGCUUUUAUCAAGAUCUAUCGCACAGAAGGUGUUGCUGGGCUCUGGAGGGGUGUGGGGCCAACUGCUCAAAGGGCAGCAAUAGUAGCUGGUGUUGAGCUACCUGCAUAUGAUCUGUGCAAAAAACAUAUAGUGCAAUCAGGAUUAAUGGGUGACACAAAGGAAACCCACUUUCUGGCAAGCUUUAUGGCCGGUCUGGCAGGCGCCAUUGCUUCAAAUCCUAUUGAUGUGGCCAAAACACGCAUGAUGAACCAGAAAAAGGUUAAAGUUCAACUCGGCCCCAGCAAUGCUGGAACAGUGCAAGUCCUAUACACCUCGUCUAUGGACUGCAUUGUACAGACAGUACGCACAGAAGGUGUGAUGGCAUUAUACAAGGGUUUUAUACCAAAUUGGCUUCGACUUGGGCCAUGGAACAUUAUUUUCUUUAUGACCUAUGAGCAACUGAAAAAGAUGUACUGAUGUUAGCAGCAGAAGGUGCAAUGACUUUCCAUGCUGACCCACAAAUGUGAGAUGUGGAUUUGACAUUUUAUGGGACAGCUUUUUAUCAUGUUGGCCAUGGCCACACUUUACGUACUCUGAACAAAAUAACAGCCUGCACUGUGUGCACAUUCCAACAGAUCCUCAAAGCAAGCUAGUGGUCAUAAUCUGCCACAUCUUAACAGCACAGUCAUGGAAGGCUGCUGUAUGGCUUUUGAGAGAUGGAGACAAGCAUGCAGGUGGCUAUGGCACAACUCAGAGGCUCUCAGGAGAUGGCGAUAUUGAAUGCUGGAUCAUUUUGUGUCUGUCCAUGGAUUUAGGCAUCUAGACUCAUGAAUGUGCAUUUAGGACUGCUUACCUUUCAAGGUCAGGCAUUCAUAAAUACUCAGUUCCGUCUGAUUACACAGAUGAGCAUGGUUUAAAACUACUGUGCACAUUAUGGGCACUUGUGCAAGAAACUAUGCAAACAUGAAAGAGUAACUGAUAUGCAUAAUUAUGUUUUCUGGCUACAUUUUAUUUAUGUUGUGAACUGAAUGGUUGUUUUAAAAAUGCAGUACAUUUGUGCAUGUCUGAGUUUUAUUGCCAGUGUAAAUAUUUUGAAAGAUCUAAUGCAAAAUUAUAAAUGUCUCAGCUGCCAAAUGCUGUGAAGUUUUGGUUAAAAAAAAAUUAAAAAUUCCUGAUAACCUAACUUUAAAGGCAUAUAUUAUUUGUUUUAAUGUUCUCCAAAAUUCUUGGGCAUCGUCUGUGAUUCUGGGGCUCAUAUUGUUGAAUACACUUAAUAUUACACAUUGUAUAAGAACUAUUCUUUAUAUCUCCACAUAGCAACUUCUUGCCAGGAUAUAGUUUUAAAAAUAUCUUGAAAUGGGUUGUAGAGGAAAUUCAUGUCCAAGGAGGAUUAGUUUAGGUCAUGAAAGUAUGAACAAGGAUUUGAUAAAACUGAAAACAGGGUAAGUCAUAAGACAAAACUUUCUAUUUAAUAUUUAUGAAUGUUCCCACAUAAUAUCUGUAUUGAAAAUAGAUCUGUCACCUUUGAAAUAAUCUGAAUGUUAUGUGCUAAGGAAUAAACUGCCAUUUAGAACUUUA